UGCAGGAAUGAUUGCGACUAUCAGUCUGGAGCUCACCGCCUGGCUGAGGAGGUGAAAGUUUCGCCACAGGAAGAUAAACCGCAAAAGACAAUAUUGUACAUGAUUUGCGUUGAGGAGAGGGAGUGGGGAAAAUUCCUUUCCGCUAAAAAAUAAAUAGAAAUCCAUGAUCUGAGUUUGUCAAACUCGCAUUGAGUAAAGUCACACAAUUCUCCGAGCAGAAGCAGUGGUGAGAAUAUCUGUGCGUGCUUUUUGAUUUUUCUCGCAGUCGUUUCAGUUGCAGACUGAAGAUGCUCUUGGACGCAGGAUCGCAGUAUCCAGCCAUAGGAGUGACUACGUUCGGCUCAUCCAGACAUCACUCAACCGGCGAAGUCACAGAUAGAGAAGUGGCUUUGGGGAUAAAUCCCUUUGCUGAUGGGAUGGGCGCUUUUAAAAUCAACCACAGCACCCACGACUUGGGCUCUGGACAAACAGCGUUUUCCUCCCAAGCGCCAGGCUAUGCCGCUGCCCUGGGACACCACCACCACCCCACACAUGUCAGUUCCUAUUCCACGGCGGCGUUCAAUUCCACCCGGGACUUUCUGUUCCGAAAUCGGGGCUUCGGAGACGCCACGAGCGCGCAGCACAGUCUUUUCGCCUCCGCAGCGGGAAGUUUUGCAGGGCCACAUGGACACUCGGAUGCCACUGGGCACCUGCUUUUCCCGGGACUUCAUGAGCAAGCGGCCACUCACGCGUCUUCCAAUGUUGUAAAUAGUCAGAUGCGCCUGGGCUUUUCGGGGGACAUGUACGGCAGAGCCGAUCAGUACGGCCAUGUAACCAGCCCCAGAUCUGAUCAUUACGCCUCGACCCAGCUGCACGGCUAUGGCCCCAUGAACAUGAAUAUGGCUGCGCACCAUGGGGCAGGGGCCUUCUUUCGGUACAUGAGGCAACCGAUAAAGCAGGAACUUAUCUGCAAAUGGAUCGAGCCGGAGCAAUUGACGAACCCCAAAAAGUCCUGCAACAAAACUUUCAGUACCAUGCACGAGCUGGUUACGCACCUCACAGUGGAGCAUGUUGGUGGACCAGAACAAUCGAAUCAUAUCUGCUUUUGGGAAGAGUGUCCCCGGGAAGGAAAGCCGUUUAAAGCGAAGUACAAACUUGUAAAUCACAUCAGAGUACACACCGGCGAGAAACCCUUCCCGUGCCCAUUUCCGGGCUGUGGCAAAGUGUUUGCUCGAUCGGAAAACCUCAAAAUCCACAAAAGAACACACACCGGUGAAAAGCCGUUUAAGUGUGAGUUUGAUGGCUGCGACAGGCGGUUUGCGAACAGCAGCGACCGCAAGAAACACAUGCAUGUCCACACGUCUGAUAAACCGUAUCUCUGCAAAAUGUGCGACAAAUCAUACACCCAUCCCAGCUCGCUCCGAAAACACAUGAAGGUUCACGAGUCGUCGUCGCAAGGAUCACAACCGUCACCAGCCGCCAGCUCAGGGUACGAGUCAUCCACGCCUCCAACAAUCGUAUCUCCGUCAACAGAGAACCAGAGCAGCAGCUCCAUAUCCCCGGCAUCUUCAACAGUGCAUCACACGACCAGUCACAGCACGCUCUCAUCAAAUUUUAAUGAAUGGUACGUGUAAAAUAUUUUUAAAAAAGACUGCAGAAAUAGGACUGCUUGGAAUAAAAGACUUAAAAAGCCAGCCUGUCAGUGCGGACCGAAAAAAACGAGGAAGUCUUUUUUU